AUGCCUGAAACCUUGGUUUGGUGUACUUGCAGUAUCUGCUUGCUGAAUGAUGAUGGUGGUUCUUGGAAACUAAAAAGUGCCAGAGUUAGACAUCGAAAUUGUGAUAAACGAAAUGCACUAAGUUCUAAUAAGACAUUUGAGCAUGAACUUUAUAACAUUGAAUACGUUAGUGAAUUUGAUAAUGAGUUAAGAAACAAUGAUAGGUUGAAAAGUACGAACAAAUUUGAGAAUUGGUUAGGAAAAAAUAAUGAAUUUGAAAGAUUUGAAAGUAUUGAUGAAUCUGAAUAUGAGUUGGAAAAUAAUAUCGAAUUUGGAUAUAAAUUAGGAAAUAGUGAUGAAAAUGAGUGGGAAAACAAUAUUAAUUUUGAAGACUGUUUAGAAAUUGAUAAGGAAUUUGAGAAUUGGUCAGAAAGUGAGAGUAGUAGAAGUAACGAUUCAUGUAUAACCAAUAUGACUUUUGCAGAUUAUGAAGGUCCUUGUUGUAUGAUAUGGCAGUAUUUGAUAGAAUGUGUAUGUAGAAUGUUACUUCCAUUAAUAAAAUCGAAGCUUCAUCCUUACAAAAAUCUUUCUAAUAACAUUCAGUUAAAUGAAAUAUUUAAUUGCUUAAAAUUUAAUCAAGUAAUUUAUAAUCAAAUUUUUUUCUUAAGUCCAUCUAAGAUCUACAAUGAACAUCUUGCUUAUACCGAAGAAAGUGAUCAAGAUUUUUAUUUUCCCUCAACCAAUUACAAGUUAUCACAAAGUGAAUUAAGAAAAAUUAAACAACAUUUCUCUACUAUAUCAGAUGUAUCAGGUUUACAACUUAUAUCAUUUAGUUUUGAAGGAACAAAAUAUGGAUGGCUUAGAACAAAAGAUGUUGAUAUUUAUGCAAAUUAUCGAAACAGACUAUCAGUAUUUAAAAUUCAAGAUUUUUAUGCUGUUGUUGAAUAUUAUUUAUUAUAUGAAUUUGAAGAGUCUAAAGCAAUGUUAGCUUAUAUUCAAUGGACGUCUCAUAUUGAAGAUGAUGAUAUUGGUGUAAAAAUGUUUAAGUGA